CGCGGGAGAAAGGAGAGCACCAGAUCUGAGAGAGAAGACCAGAAGCCACCUCUGAAAACAGCCGACUCUGAUCUCCGAGAAUGGAUGCUAAGGGCUCGCUCCUCACCGUUGUCGCCUUGGUGUUUUUCCUCUGCUUCCAGCGUCCGGCGGCUCACCCCAUCCAUGGCCUCAGCCCGGCCGAGGAGCUAGCCAAUAUGGAGGCUCUCCUGGAGACGUUGGAGGAAAAAGUGGCCUUGAUGGAGGACUUACAAAGCAACCCUGAAGACUUUGAGAUCCAGGCCGAAGAUGACCUGAACGAUCGGCCUGCGGCCGACGACUUCCCCGUCUUCUCCGACCGGACGGCUCUGCUGAAACACAUACGAGGAAUUCAGGCAGCCAAAAGCCUGAGAGAAUCGGGCUGCUUCGGCCGACGGUUGGACCGGAUCGGAUCCGUCAGUGGGAUGGGAUGCAAAGGAUUCAGAAGACACUAAAAGCAGCUCCUUUUUCCCCGGGCGUGUGAAUUUCCGAAGAUUUAUUUUUUUCCAAUCUGUGGGCACUGGAACAAGACAAGCCCUCCGUCUAUUUAUUUAUUUAUUAACUUAUUUAUUACCUUCCUUUGUUUGCUUCUUUUUUCCCCUCCUCCCCUUUCCUUUUUCAAAAAAAAAAUGUUAAAAAAAGUUUUUUCUUAUUUUCAGCACAGAGAACUUAGCCUGAAACGAUCAUUAAAAACUACAAUUAUCUUA